GAUGAGGAAUGAGGAAGACAGAGUCCAUCCACCGGGUAAGGAAACAGGCUUUCUGUCUAAUUACCUGAACUGUACUUAUUUAACUCACUUUAUUGUUAAAUCAGGUGUCACCAGAUGAGCGUCAGAGUGAUGUUGCGCAGCUUUACAAACGCCUGGUGCGCUCGCUUCGUGGAGCGACACCAGUCAGCGCUCAAUUUCACGCUGUUGAUUGUCGGUUACAUCUUUUACCUCAUUAUCGGUGCCGGGAUCUUCUCCGCCAUCGAGCUGCCCUACGAGCAGGAGCUCCGCAGGGAGCUGAAAGCGGCCCGGCAGGACUUCCUGAGCAACAACACCUGCGUGUCCGAAGCGCGCCUGGAGGAGCUGCUGAUCCGCGCGCUGGAGGCCAAUAACUACGGAGUGUCGGUGCUGGGAAACGACACCGACCGAAACUGGGACUUCGUGUCUUCCCUGUUCUUCACCAGCACCGUGCUGACGACGACAGGUUACGGACACUCAGUUCCUCUCUCAGAUGAAGGAAAGGCCUUCUGUAUCUUCUACUCCCUCUUCGGCAUCCCCGUCACCCUCUUCUUCCUCACUGUUCUGGUGCAGAGGAUUAUGGUCGUGCUGACUCGACGUCCAGUGUCCUAUUUCCACCGGCGAUGGGCCAUGUCAAAAUCGAAGCUGGCCGCCAUACAUGCCACCUGCCUCACCAUCGUCAUGGCCCUGCUUUUCCUCAUCAUCCCUGCGUGGAUCUUCGUCAGCCUUGAGAAGGACUGGGACUUUCUGGAGUCCCUGUAUUUUUGUUUCAUCUCUCUGACGACCAUCGGCCUCGGGGAUUAUGUCCCCGGAAAGACCCACAGUAAAGAGGAAAACCCACACCCGCAGCUCUACAGACUGGCCAUUACAGUCUACCUGCUGCUGGGUUUGGUGUUUGUCCUGGUGGUGUUGGAGACGUGCUGCGAGCUUCCCCAGAUGAAACGCUUCAGAAAGAAGUUCUACAGAGAUAAAGUUCGGGAGCUGGACUCCGAGACCUCCAAUAUAAUUGACCGGGAUGACCUGAGCGACCAGAUGAGCGACCCCUCGGAUCACCUGCCGGUCAUCACGUCAGUGUCAGAGCAAGCAGCGUCUCUACGGCAAGACAGCAAGUCACCGCCUCACACCCCGGCGUCAGGAUCUGCUGUGAAGAAACUGAGAUGACAGAUUGUCCUGAAAACAUUUUAUUUGCAUUCUCGGCUGCUCAGGACAUCCUUUGACCUCUGUCUAAAAGCCUGAGCACGCUUGUGUGUAUAUCUACAGUUACUUAAUGGCUUAAAAAGGUCUCUGCCUUUGCCAACACCAACAGACAUUGGUGGCGUAAAAGCAGGAACCACCCACAGACUAUCAGGAUGGCAUUGUUUUCUUGUUCUCCCCUGCAGCUCCAUUCCCUGCAGAUAAGAGCUAGAUCUGUGACAUAGAGGAAGGGCCGGGCCCCUGAAUGCAGGGAAACCCCACGAGGUUGCGCUUCCUGCCAAAGUCUUGAUGCCGUAAUUCCACAGCGGCACAGUUUGCUUGAGAGGAUUUCACACCCACUCUUCGCACUUGGUAUAAUCUACGGUGGUAUUUGCAUAGGAAAUUUGCCUUCCUGGAAGUGUUAUAGCAGCAGGAAAAAUUGAUGCGCCAUCAGAGGACCUACUUUACACUGUGUGAAACAAUGCCAAGAAGAAGAUUUGAAUUGGGUGGUCAAGAUAAUAGAAAUCUGUCGAUAUAUUGCAGUACAGUUCAGCAGCACCACAAACUGCAACCUCUGUAACAGUUGACACACUCAUCUAAAACUGUUUAAACAAAAAUUUAACACUAUUACCCCCAUAAAAGGUUGAUUUCGACUGCAUUAAACUAAAGCUAGAUAUAUUUAAAUAAAUGUAUUCCAAUUCAUGCUGCAAUGCGCAUCUCUCACCACUAGAGGGGAGCACUUUCAUUUUAUAUCUGAAAGAUUCAUUUGAAUGAGGUUUGUUGUCACUGUCAUGCUGCUCAGGGGAGUGUUUCUUAAAAAUAUAAUUACUUGUAAGAAUAUGUCAUUGUUACAGCCGAAUAUAAGGGAGCAUGUUUUUAUUGUUCAUGUUACUCACUAGCCAACAAAACAGCUUAAGGCUGCAAAGCAUUUUAUGCACUGACAUUUUUUUUCAGACUAGUGGAAAGAAAGCACCCAACAUUCAGGUGUUUAUUGCUGUUCAGAUUUUGGUGGAAAUGUGUGCAAAAGUUGCAUAUUUAAUUAGAUAACACAUUUAAAUUUGGUUAUUUGCAUAUUUAAACGUAACAUUUCAGAAAACACAAUGCAAAAAAUAACUGUCUUAAAAGCCUUUAAGUAGCCCAAACAACUGAGAAAGUUUCAUGGUGAUAUCUAUUUGUUCAAAUGUUAUUUAAAUAGUUUAUUUGAUAGGGAUGAUGCAAAUUAACAUAGUGCAGCUUCCACUUGUUACAAACAGGCUGUAGUAACUAAUGUUUCACAUACAGAGAUUAUAGCUGUUGCUAGUUUCCAACUCUUGUCCCUAGUUAAGCUUUUAGUAAAGAAAAAGAAGAAAAAAUAUCAGUGUUAUUGUAUGCAAUAGCAUGCAUACAAUAACGUUACGGCAAAAAGAAGACAAAAAAGUUACAUCAAGAUUACACAAAACAACAACAUACAGUUGCAAUAAAAAAUAACUAGAUAAAAAAUACAUAAAUAUCAAUGUUACGUACAGUUACAACACUCAACUAAAAGACAUUAUAAAAUAGUUUAAAAUGCUCACAUCUCUGAUUUUGCUUCAGCCAACAUUGAACACUUUUGUUAAAAAUCUAUCUUUUGUUAAUUUUAUUUUGGUUGGUAGAGUGUUUCACAUUUUAGAGCAUUUUAUGGGAUAAAUUCAUAUAUCAUUCAUAGCCUGAUUUAUAUAAUAUUUUAUUCCUAAAAUUAUGGAAAACAUGUUUGGGUUUUUUUCACAGCUAUUGACAGUAUUUGCUGCUUUAUGGAGUGAUAAAAAAACUAAAAACCUUUGUAAAAACCUUUGACUCUAAUUCAGUGGUGGCCAAACUAUGGCCUGCAGGCCCACUGUGUCCCACUUCCCAUUUUAAAAUGGUCCACAUUGAAUAAAAAUAAAUAUAUAAAUAGUUUCCCUGUCAAUUUGAUGAACUACCACCAUCAAGCCCUGCCGCUGCACUUCAGAAUUUGAACAACAGAUGUCAAUACUGUCCCUACAAUGACUGAUUAUUAGUCCAUAAAAUUAUUUCUUCAUUACGCAUGGCAGUGGACCUGAACAAAGGGAAGAUCACCUGUUAUGUCAAAUAUUUAACUGUUUGGUACUGUUGUGUCAUCAUUUUAAUGGAAAAUUCUGGCCUAGAAACCCAGAUUUUCAUGUUGUGUCACUGGUUGAAAACUAUGCAUUUGCUAUCUUUUGAUAUUUUUCUGGUCCUCAGCCAAAAAUGUUUUGCCACUUCUACUAUCAUGUGUCGGCAAAAUGAAACAAAACUACUUUUUCCAGAUUUUUGUUUUGGAGGUGAAUGUAGGUCAGUGGAUAUUUCAUGAGAUAAUGUGUCAUUUGCAUAAUUAAACAUAAAAUAUCAGAAAACUUGUAAUACAAAAAAAUUAUUUUCUUAAUGUAAGCAAUAAACUUGGCAAGUUUCAUGGUGAUAUCUAUUAGAUGAAAAAAAGUGUCUUAUUUUCGCUCUAAAAAUGUAUGCAAUUUUACAUUAGGCUACGUAUCUAAAGGCCAGUUUCUCAAAAAAAAAUUCUCAUACACUUAGUGAAAAUACUCCACUUCCAUAGCACUUACACCAAACUUUCCAUUUUUAUUUCUUUUUUUUCAUGUUAUGAAGGAUUUUAC